UUCACAGAUCGCACAAAGAACUGACCGCAGAUCAGUGGCGUAAAAACGUGACCUUACAUCAUCCGUCAAGCAAGGAUAUGAUUGGUCGUUUUCCCAUUGUUGUCGUCAUCGUGGACGUUGGUCUGUGGAAGUUGCUAGAUUUUCCAGCGGAAGCGGAGAAAUAACAAGAGAAUUAAAACGUGACGGGUUACAUAAACCAUCACACGGCUCCACCAAUCAGCGCUGCUGCUGGGCGUCAGAAGAAAGGACAACUUGUAUUUGGCCUCUGGCGUUUUGCUGCAUUCUGCUGCACAAAGCGACAGUUUAACAACCACAGCUAGUGGCUCGUUUGGCGAGUCUCGAAACAGCGUCGAGCUACUGACGAUAAAAGAUAAGAGAGACCGUGGGAAGGAACCAAAGUGGAACUGUGACCAUGGCUGCAGUCCAGUACCUAGGGUGCCCCAUCAGGGACUCACUCCACUGGGAGGAAACAGAGUGCCUGAACUAUUACGGGAUGCUCUCUCUCCAUGAGAUGUUUGAAGUAGUUGGCUCUCAGCUCACAGAAUCUGACAUUGAAGCUCUCUCUUUCCUUUUGAACGAGACCUACCCUGCACAACACCCUCUUGACCCAGCAGGCUGGACAGUUGAACCUGCUGAAGACGAUUCAGAGGACUCUGGUGUAGCACCAAGUCCACAGCUGCUGAGGGCAUGGAGGCGGUUAAAGCCCAGCGGAUCACAGCAGCCUUUAGAGGACUUGAAGUUUAAAAGUGGCCUUGAGCUGUUGCUGGAGCUUGAGAGGAGAGGAUAUCUCAGUGAUGGCAACCUGGGACCACUGUUGCAACUUUUAAGAGUGCUUACCCGUCAUGAUCUGCUGCCAUUUGUAUCCCACAAGAAGAGGAGGACAGUGUCUCCAGAGAGAAUUGGACAGAGAUUUGAAUUGGAUAAAACAGAACUAGUGUUUGGAUUACAGCAUAGCUGCAGAGAGACAGAUAUGCCACUCCCAUCCUUCACACAACAGUUAACUACUGAUAUUUACUCUCCAGCGCCUGGGUCAUCUACCAGGAUGCGGAGGAAGAAAAGGGGACAUGGCUGGAGCCGUAGGGCCAAGAAAACAAGCAGACGGGUCCAGCCACUGCCUCCCCCAUCAGGACCUCAGAAAGUGUCAUGUGAUAUCCGCCUGCGCGUACGGGCAGAGUACCUGGAGCAUGAGUCAGCGCUACGUGAGGGCGUCUCGUCAGACAAGCGUCAGCCGCUGGAGCGUCAGUUCGAGUUGUUCAGCAGAGCCAGUUCGCUGCUGCGCGCCAGAGACCUGGGCUCCAUCGUCUGCGACAUCAAGUUCACAGAGCUAGACAACCUGGAGGCCUUCUGGGCCGACUAUCUGAGCGGGGCUCUGCUGGAGGCCCUGAAGGGCGUCUUCAUCACGGACUCCCUGAGGACGGCCGCCGGCUCUGAGGGCGUCCGCCUGCUGAUCAGCGUUGACCAGGACGACUACGAGGAGGGCCGCAGGCUGCUGAGAGCCAGGAAGGCGAUGUCCUCCGGUAACGGUGGGCACACGCAGACUUGCUAGGCCUUGUGAUCCAAUGAGACUCUUUUGGUUGUAUUAUAUGAAGCUUGAAAGAAACAAUAGCUGGGACGAUAAUGGAAGGUUCAGGUGGAAGUUGGAAGCACUUUUAAGGCCUUUUUUUGUUUUGCUGUUGAUGUGACAACCACUAGAUGGCAGAAAGAACGAUUGGCCCUUUUUGUUUAUAUCUUGCCUUUCAGUUUUCAGUCUAAGUUGGAACAUCAAUAUUUUUGAAUGAAAGAGGAAUAAUUAUGGAUUAGUCUGUUAAAUUUGGGUUUAUGUCAGGUGCUACAUUAUUAAACACCGGGAUGAAACUGGAAGGAGGGAGAAUUUUCUUUGACACAGCCAGAAAAGGAUAAAAACGGGCCUCCUGGUUGAGUGAUGACACUGUCAGUUAUUUAAUGGAUUUAUAAAUAUAGAUUUAAUAGAUUUACUAAUAAGAAAAAGCAUAGUCAAUUGACUAACUGUAUCAAAAUUUGAACAUUUUAUUUUCUUCUAUACUUUUUACUUGGUUCUGGACAGUCUCAUUUACAACUCCACCACUAAAACUAAAAACGCUAUUUUAAUUUUGUUUGAAAAAAUUUUGAAAAAUUGGGAAUUUGGUUAAUACUUUAUUUAAAAAACCAUGAAAAAAAAGAAGAAAUAAUUUCUGAAUCAAACUAAACUUGAGCAAAAUCAGAAGACUGUGAAGCUUUCACCACAGUUUGACUUCUGCAUCGAACUUUGGAGAGCCCCGCCGACACAGGAGAGACAAGAUAACGCUGCCCCGUGCACCACCAUAACCCACCGUAUGAUUGCUGUGGUCAGUGGAUGCUUUAGUCAUCAGUAGAUGACAGCGGUGAUUAGGAACAGGUCUCAACGGACCAUGGAAGAUUCAUCAUCACAAGCUUGUCAAGAGUGGCCCUGAUAAUGUAAUGGUGGCUUGUGCCUGGGCUCCCAGUUAGGCCUCAGCAAGUGCUUCUCUCAGCAAGUAAAGCACAGGACGGAGCGUCAGUCAAUACAAGUGAUGUUGGAGAGAUCAAAAUCAAAAGUGCACAUCCCAGCUCCACUCAGCCCUGCGAUGUUGGCCCAGUAGAGUGGCUCACGGACAGCUGUCUACUUGCCCUGCUGGAACUAAUGCCUGGACUUCACUCAUAGAAGACGAUCAAUAAGGCCUCUCUCUCUUAAGUCCCUUCAUAGUGGCAAGACUUAAGCAGACAGACACUGUCUGAAGUACAAGUCUCUGCAGGGCUGAGCAGACGCCAGCGAGAGGACAAUGGACAGAUUUCCAUGUUUACUUUGUGUUUUUGGUAAAGAAGAUAAUAAUGUAUGUUUGUACUGUUCACUAAUUCAGGGGACUUUUUUUCUUUGGAAUAGUAGUCAUUUUUUGUGAAAAUCUUUAUAUAUCGGACUUCUGGUGAAUAAUAAAAGUUUUGAUGACCACCUCA